UGUCCCCCGUGUCCCCUCUGUCCCCCGUGUCCCGCCUGUCCCCCCGUGUCCCCUCUGUCCCCCCGAGCCCCAUGCCGGUGGGGCGCACACGGCGCUGCCGGCGGGGCAGCGCGGCUGCGGGCGGGCCGCCCGUGGCCCGGAGCAGGAACAGCGGGGAAAGCCCGGCCCGGGCUAAGGAGGAGCCCCCCGAGGCGAAGGAGGAGCCCCCCGUGCCCGGUGCCGUGGAUCUGGGGGCGCAGAGCCGGCGCUGGGCCGCAUUCCUGCAGCAGCACCGGCUGAGCAGCGAGGAGGCGGCGCAGCUGCUGCUGGACGCCUUUGAAUGCAAGAGUUUGGUGAAGCACACAGGAGGCUGUCACUGUGGAGCCGUCCGCUUUGAGGUCUGGGCUUCAGCAGACCUGCACGUGUUCAACUGCAAUUGCAGCAUUUGCACGAAGAAACAGAACCGACACUUCAUUGUGCCAGCGUUGCGUUUCAAGCUGCUGCAGGGUGCUGACAACUUGACAACAUACACCUUCAACACACACCGUGCCAAACACAUGUUCUGCAAGACCUGUGGUGUUCAGAGUUUUUAUAUUCCUCGUUCUAACCCUGAUGGUUAUGGAAUCGCUCCCCACUGCCUGGAUGAUGGCACUGUGCAGGUCAUUAUCACAGAGGACAUCAAUGGCAAGGAAUGGGAGGAAGCAGUGAGGAAACAUAAGACCAUCAGAGACAUGUCAAAACCCUGACACCCUUCCAGCAGCCUUGGGAGCACUGCCGUGGAACUUCAGUCUGGGGUUUCCUGGGUGAUGCUUGGUGAAACCAGUCUACAUUCCUGUUACCUGUUCUCUGUUUCUUAAAUAAAUCUUUCUAUGCUGAUUGCCCC